CCCGUUUAGCCUUGUGAAAACAUAGCCAUGCAUAGCCAUAACAUGGCCAUAGUGCAAUAGCCGCAGCCGCUUGCGGACGCCAGUUUCGGUGUCGCGAAAAGUUUUUCGCUGGUGAGCAUGGGUGAACCCGCACAAGACCCGUAGAACUGUACGUCUAAUGAUGUGACUGGAAGCCCUCAGUAUUCCGUGACCCCUCUGGCAGCGCAUCGGCUGAUUCGUCUACGUUGCAAAGUUUUCUGCCGCUUGCUUUCGUGCCGCUCGAACUUCUCGGGGACGCACCAGCAGGGGAGGCAAUGCCGGCCGCGCAGAGCGUGCGCAUGGCAGGAGCUGCGGCGGCAUGUCGACUGCCGCCGAUGCCGUCGGCGCGCGACCUUCUACGCAUGUACGGCAUCCGCGCAAUGCGCAAGUUGUCCCAAAACUUCCUGCUUGACCCCAAGUUGGCCAGGAGGCUGGUGCGCGCUUGCGGCAGCGUGCGCGAUAAGCACGUCAUCGAGGUAGGACCCGGGCCUGGGUGCCUCACCAGACCCCUGCUAGAGCGCGGAGCACGGCGGGUCGUGGCCAUCGAGAAGGACAAUCGAUUCGCCCCUACGCUGGAUAUCCUGUCUGAAGCCAGCGAGGGCCGACUACAGGUGGUGUUGGGUGACAUCUUUCACCAGCAUUUGCAGGAGUUCAUACCAGAGGAGCUAGGUGUGCCGUGGGACUCGGAUGACAUACCCGAGGUCUGCCUGGUGGGCAACCUGCCAUUUAGCGUUGCCAGCCCACUUCUGGUGAGCUGGCUGAGGCAGAUAUCGCUACGCGAGGGCCCCUUCCAGCGUGGGCGUGUGCCUCUCAGCCUGACCUUUCAACUGGAGGUGGCCGAGCGCAUUGGUGCCCCCAUCCUGGACCCACAGCGGUGCCGUCUCUCCAUCCUCUGCCAGAACUACUGCACCACCCAGCACAGGCUUACGCUCAAUGGAAGUAGCUUCGUGCCUCCUGCAGCAGUGGACGUUGGGCUGGUGCGACUGGUGCCGUUGAAGGAGCCGCUCAUUCGGCAUCCCUUUGACCUGAUCGAGAAAGUCAUCAACGGCCUCUUUAAUGGCCGCCAGAAAGUGCUCACAAACGGUGUGAAGAACCUGUUUCCCCGUAACCGCGAAGAAUUGGUGCCGCGCCUCGUAACAUUGGCCGACGUUGAUCCCACGACGAGGAUCCUCCAGUUGACUGUGGAAGAGAUUGGACGCUUGUGCGACGUCUACGAACAGUUUUGCUCGGAGGAGCCCGAACUGCGACGGUACCACUUCAGGCUGGGACGCUGACGGUACCCGCCCAUAGGAACAAGUGAUUCUUGGUGAAUGCAGAGGAAGAAUUCAGUCAUUUGCAGCGCUCGUCGAAGUGCGUUGCAGCUUGUCUCAUUCACCAUUGUGUUGACAUGUAGUCAGUGGCGUAGCCAGUUGGGGGGGGGGGGGUCACACUGGGCGCGGCCCCCCACCCUUCUCCCCUCUAAAGUUUCUGUGUCAGCAUGCGGUCUGCCAAGUCUCCCCUCCCGCCCACGACACCCUCCUCGUCCCCGGUCAAUUGCACCCACAGGAAAAAAAGAACUUUCCUGCUGCGCCACUUCAUGCAGUUGUAGCCAUAGGGUCUUAUUCAAACGGCGAAUUUCGGGGGUUUGAUACGGAGCAGCAUUUGUUCUAUACUGGUUGAGCCAGAGUGGCUGUACAUUUUUAAUUUGCUAUUUUCAAUUGCCUCGCUCCACAAUGGAUCGCUCCCUCUUACUCAGCCGUUUAGGCACGGAUUCAGCCAAAAGUUCUGGAACGUGCCGUACCUUUUGCUGGCUGCGUGUGAAAAAUGCUGGUGUGGUCGAGCAUAGAGCAGGAUGUUUUCCUCUGGCAGAUACGGAUUUUUGAAAUGUGAGUGGGAUUCAAGUGCUUGAUUGAUAACUAAUGUUUUGCUUUAUAAACGAUCUGUGGAAUUCACUACUAGAUUACUGGAGGGAAGCCUGAUGAGGCAGUUGUUGAACCACUGUGACGAAUCAUGGAUAGGUUAUAGAGUUUUGUACGAUUUGGCAUAAAUUUGUAGAGAAGGCACAUAGUGGCUUCUUUAUACAGUGGACUCUCGUUAAACGGAACCUCAAGGGACCGGGAAAACAUGUUCCGUUUAUCAGGAGUUUCGUUUAGAGAGAGAAUGUUCAAGAUUUCGCAAUCCGUUCCGGACUGCUUGGUCCCGGCGAGGCAGGCGUGCGCGCAAUUGGCAGUCUCCGCUGAAGCGGAUCUCAGAUGCAAAAUCUAGGUAUUAAAGAGGACGGUACGCUAUGGGCACAAACUUUAUUGCACAAAAGCGGUAAGCAAUGAACUUUUUUUCAGAGCACUACUAAAAUUUAAAAAAAAAAUCUCAGUAGUCCACUUAUUCCGCGGAGAUCAGUGGGAACUGCGAUUUAUUGGCUUGUUAAAAAGGACUUUAUGUUUGCUUGUUUGAGCUCUCGCAACCGUUUUCUUUGAAUGGCACCACUCAUACUAGACAGGCUGCUCAAAAACAGUUCAGAACCUUCUUCUCGUUGGAAGAAACUCUUCAGCAUUUGGACUGCCGGUUCCGCCUGCGCAGGUGUCACCACAGGAUCAGAGUCGGCAGUCUCGUGUUCGACUUCUUCAUAGUCGUCUUCGCUUUCAUCGGGGGGGACAGACAUCAGCUACAAUGCUGAUGUCUGCUACAACACUUGGCGACGAAAUGUCGCAGACGACGCUAAACAGAGGAUGUAAGGCUGAAGCCUAACAACAGCAAGCGCACCGUGACAGAGAGCAAGCGAUGCGGUUACAGUGUGCGAGAAAGAAGGGGAGACAGUGAUGCGUACCACGAUGGGGCUCUGCGUGAACGUCAAGUUGUGGUUUCGAGUCUAUUUUCGGUUCCGUUUAUGCGGUGGUCUGAAAAUUCGAGUUCCGAUUAACGGGAUUUUUUUUACAUGGCCUUAAUACAAAACCAACCAACUGCGAGGCGUUUGUUCCGUUUAAGCGUUGAUUCCGUUUAACCGAUUUCCGUUUAUCGAGAUUCUACUGUAGUUCUUUAUAGUUAGAUGUGUUCCAUGAUAGUUUCAAGUUUCUUUAUGGCAGUUGAGCAUUUUAUGUUCACUACUCGGUAAUCUCCCAUGCAUAAAUAAAUGGCGACACUAGGGAGUGUCUUUGUUGCUAAAUCUAAAUACAGUCAACGUCCGAUUUUUCAGACCCCCUAGGGGUCGCGAAAACGUCCGAAAAAAUCGGGCAAUCUGAAAAAAUGAAUGCUCGCAUUACUGCCCCUACGGGCUCAAAUCGCCGCAGACAUGUCAGCAAUAGUUCUAAAUGCCUGCCAGUAUAGUUAUUAGCCGUAUCGGUGCUCGUACUAUGAUAUGAGACGGCAGGUUUCUGCAUAUAUAAUUAAGGAAAACAUACCUUGGCCCGUGACUGUUGCCCCUUCCCACAAUUUAUAUGCUUCGCCGCAAUACAUCGCGUAUGCGUCACCGCUUAACAAUGUUGUAUAAAGGCGAAGCUGACUUUCGGGAACUGGUAUUAGGCAACGUGCCAUGCGUUCCGAGCUUCAUGUAUUGGCGAGAAUUACAAAGGCGGAGUCGGUGCCAUUACUAACAGCGGCGAAUUGUUUUAAUGAAAUACAUGCCACCGAAGAGUAAGAAGCUUGGUAGUGAACGUCGAAGUAGCUAGGCCUAGCGUUACCGUGGUGACUCCCAGCGGAUCUGCGUGUGACAGCGCCGGUUCGAGGCAGCGAGAUAAUUAAUAUGGCUGUGGUGGUGGCUUCGGUUAAUGCUGUUUCAAACCUGUGGACUGCGGUCCUGUUAAAAAGUCCGGAAUAUCGAAUGGCGAAGGUUUUUCGCGUCUUAUAUUACAGACGUUUUUAUACAUUGACUCUAUGGUGGUACGUGGUGGUGCCACGAAGGCGUCCGAAUUAUCGGCCGUCCGGAAAAUCGAUCGUCGACUGUAUUCGGUAACAAUCAUCGUGGAUUAUUAUUUAUAAACAAUUAUUUUUGUUUGCAGUGUUCUCAAGGCCAUCAGAUGGUUGAAAUUAGACCCUGAAUUAGUCUAAUUAUUGUCAUGCAGCAAAUUUGUGAUGAUAAAUUAGCUAUCAAAAAAGCUAAGGUAAGAAUUCACAAUGCAAAGAUGGGGUAAGGUAUGCAGACACGGACAAAAGAAAAGAGAAGCGAACAACACGAACGCCAGCAUUCGUGUUGUCCACUUCUCUUGUGUCGAUGUCUGCGAGCCUUACCCCUCCUUCGCAUUGUGCAUCCUUACCAACUAGCUCAGCUUUCUGACAUUCUAAAAAUUCACAAAAUUGUUUGAAGCCAGAAGGACAAAACUUAGGUAAAUUUGUGUGCUGGCUGUAAUUUGCAUGCUUGAUGUGCGUUCCCGUUGGUUCACGGACACUAGUUCCGAAUUUCCCUCUAGUAGUCUUAGCACGAAGCUUUGCGACUGAAGUGAUGUGCCUGUUCACUGUACACUGCGUAUAGGUUACCUCAAUUUCCUCCUGAACUGCUUGUACGACCCUGUGCAACAGAUGGCAGCUGAACGCUUUGUUUCACUGUAGAGACAGUAGUACCAACAAGAUAGGAAAUGCAAAAUGUAGCUGUGCCCCUCUGACACAUCAGACAAGUGUUCCUGAAGUGUGUGUGUGUGUGUGUGUGGAAAGCUUUACUGCAGAAGCGUGAAAAUAACGGAAAGGAGAAGCGACGUGAUAAAAAUUGUUGGACGCUGUUUGUGGCUCGAGAUGGUGCUUUUUUCAUCCUGUUACAUUACACAAGUGACCUCUGUGGAGCAUCUGUAGCCGCCAGUGAACUAUUACGGCCGCUGUGCCCACUAGGAGGCUUUGCUUAGCCUUUCAUUCUGCAAUGCCUUCUCUAGUUGGGCAGUGGGUGUCAACCAACUUGCCCACAUCGCUUCUUGAACGUCCUUUUGUGCGUGACUAGACUGACGAGUGCAAUCCCUUGAAUCCACAUGCUAAAGAAAUGCUGACAUAUUUUCGAAGUUGUAGGAACUCUAUCACAUGUAUCUUCCUUUGUAGAAGGAUGGCACUUAGCAAGCAGCACAAAGGUGAGUGUUGAAGUUAACCUCAAAAUGCCGGACCUGGGAUCAGUGACAUUAACUUAACAACAUAACUUGCUGACGUGCAACAAGACUAGGGGCGACGAAGUUGCCAGUAAAAAAUAAACAUGAAUGCUGUGCAA